UUCAUAAAAUUAAUAUUCACAUUUCACAAGCUCUGUUCAUAUAUAUCUUUAUCUCUUUACCCACAUCAAAUCCUGUCAAAAUCCACGGGAAAGAUUCGGUGGCCCAACAAACCCUAGUGUUGGUUUCUUUCCUGCCCAUCUAAGAUACUAAAAUGAAUAUGGAAGAGUUCGAGCAUGCCAUGCCUUUAAGGGCUGUACCAGCUGGUCUAAGUAUCCCAACAAAUAAUAACCACCGAGAAGAUGGAGAAGAUUUAAGACUUGAACCAUAUGUGGGGUUAGAGUUUGAUUCAGCAGAAAGUGCACAAGAGUUUUAUAAUAUUUAUGCAACCCGGAAUGGAUUCCGAAUUAGGAUAGGUCAGCUUUAUCGAUCCAGGGUGGAUGGGUCAGUUAUUUCCCGCAAAUUUGUUUGUUCAAAAGAGGGUUUUCAGACAAAUACGCGAACUGGAUGCCCAGCUUACAUCAGGGUACAAAAAGAUGACUCCGGAAAGUGGAUGCUAGCCAAUGUCAACAAGGAACACAAUCACGAUCUUGAACUUCCUGGUGAGAUUCAUCCACCGCGUAUACAAAGGAAAUCCCUUCCUUCCCCAAGAUCAUCUGUCGGUUUGUCCACCAGAACUGGAAUUAGUUCGGUUGAGGAGGAUAUCCCAUCUGGCGCAAUGGAUCGUAAACGUCUUAAAAGGGAGGAAGUGCAAGAAGAAACCAGCGUAGUAGUUAGAGGAGAACCGUACAAAGGUCUUGAAUUUAAUAAUGCUUUAGAAGCUUACAGAUAUUACCAUAUAUAUGCUGCUAGCGUAGGAUUCAAAGUUCGGAUUGGUCAGUUGUUCCGAUCUAAAAAAGAUGGUUCUGUUACAUCCAGAAGAUUUGUUUGCUCGAAGGAAGGUCAUCAGCACCCUUCAAGAGUUGGUUGCUCAGCAUUCUUGAGGAUACAAAAACAGUCAUCAGGAAGAUGGAUUGUUGAUCGUCUUGAUAUGGAACACAAUCAUGCAAUGGACUGCCCUGUUGAUGCUAGUGGAACUUUUACUCUGCCAAAGGGAUUUAGGGACGAACUAGGAAAUGGUUUAGAAAAUACAGAUCUAACUGAAGCAAAUGGCGGCUUAAGUCCUGUGGGAAGAGGACGGAGAAGUAACAUUGGAAGUGAAUGGUAUCAUGUGCUUAUAGAAUAUUUUCAGUCUAAGCAAGCAGAAGAUACAGGAUUUUUUUAUGCAGUGGAAGCAGAUGACGGAAGAUGCAUGAGCAUGUUCUGGGCUGAUGGACAUUCUAGAUUUGCUUGCUCACAGUUCGGGGAUGCCAUUUUUUUUGAUACAACAUAUAGGAGAGGCAGUUAUUCUGUUCCGUUAGCUUGUUUUGUUGGGGUUAAUCACCACAGGCAACCAGUACUUCUUGGCUGUGCUUUAAUCGCAGAUGAUUCUGAGGAGUCCUUUACUUGGGUGUUUAAGGCAUGGCUUAGGGCUAUGUCAGGUCGCCAUCCUUUGUCAAUAACAGCGGAUCAGGGGAAACCUAUUCAACAAUCAAUUGCAGAAGUCUUUCCCAGAACACAUCAUCGCUUUUCCACAUGUCAAAAAAUGGAAGAGAAUUUGGGGGCCCUAUUCUCCAUAAAUGAUGAAUUCAAAUAUGAAUAUCAAACUUGCAUUUUGCAGAGUCAGACAGCAAAUGAAUUUGAUCUUUCUUGGAAUGUGCUUCUCAGCAAGUACAACUUAAAGGAAAAUGUUUGGUUGAAGGAAAUGUACCAGAUGCGCAAAAGCUGGGUUCCGUUGUAUAUAAGGGGAACAUUUUUUGCAGGCAUCCAUGUGGAUGGGAUGAAGCCAUAUUUCGGUAAUAUUUUAACGUCUCAAACACCCCUUCACGAAUUUAUUGUACGAUAUGAGAAAGGUCUUGAGCAGCGUAACGAGGAGGAGAAGAAAGAAGAUUUUAGUUCAUUCAACUUGCAACCUAUCUUGCACACCAAAGACCCCAUAGAAGAACAAUGUCGAAGACUUUACACAAUCUCAAUGUUUAAAGUGUUUCAGAAGGAGCUCUUAGAAUGCUAUGGUUAUGCUGGAAUAAAGUUAAACGUUGAAGGUGCCAUUAGUAGAUAUUUGGUGCAAAAGUGUGGCAAUGGAGAGGAAAGUAAGACAGUUGCCUUCAAUGCAUCCAAUCUUAAUAUCAGUUGCAGCUGUAAGAUGUUUGAAUUUGAAGGUGUCCUGUGUAGACAUGCGCUAAAGGUUUUCCAAAUAGUGAACAUAAGGGAACUUCCAUCUCGCUAUAUACUACAUCGUUGGACCAAAAAUGCGAAGUAUGGAAUUUUACGGGAUGUUGAUUCCGGAGGCAGCUAUCAAGACUACAAGCCUUUGAUGUUGUGGAGUUUGAGAGAAGAAGCCCGUAAUUACAUAGAGGCAGGGGCAACAUCUAUUGAAAGAUAUAAAGUAGCUUUCGAGAUCAUGCAUGAAGGUAGAAGAAAUCUUUCUUGGCAAAAUUAGGAAUCUAUUUGAGCCAAGUUGAGACGACUUUAAUCGGACUUUCUUUUUCUUUUUCUUCUCCUUUCUAUAAGAAACUCCCUGUUCUAGUUUUCACCCCUCCCUAAAUCCAAAGUUGAACAGGUCUUUAGUUUUCAGUUUCGAGGUUUGAGUCGGGUAUGUAAUUACAUUUGUAAUUACAGUUCAGUACAUUUUCAAAUUAGUGGUACUUUUUCCCCCACAACUUUUGACAAGUACUUGAAAAGUAUAAAUUACAUGACAACUAUGUUCAAAAUAGGCUGUUUUUAAAUUCUGGAAUGGAACUGUACUUGGUUCA